CCUAGACUUACCAUUUAAAGCUUGACGCGCUUUAGCCAAUGAAAUCUUCUGAAGUAACUUGACUUUCGAGAUUUCAAGGACCGAACGUAUCCAAACAUCUCAGUCUUGCCUCAACCUUAACAAACUGUCGCUCUUGAUUCAAUAAUCCAACCACAACGAUCAAUAUGGCGGACAAUAAAAUCCAGGAGCUUCUCACCAAGCCACGCAAUGAACUGACGGAAUACGAGAUAUCGCUUCUCGAAGAGCAUGAGUUCAGCGCCGGCCCUUUAUCAAUUCUCCAAACCGCUGUCCGAAGCCAUACGCAGGUUCUGAUUUCUUGUCGCAACAACCGGAAGCUCCUAGCUCGCGUCAAGGCUUUUGACCGCCAUUGUAACAUGGUGCUAGAAAACGUCAAGGAGAUGUGGACCGAGACACCCAAACUUUCCAGUGGAAAGAAAGGAAGACCUGUGAACAAGGACCGGUUUAUCAGCAAGAUGUUUCUAAGAGGAGAUUCGGUUAUCCUAGUCCUACUCAGCUAGAGAAAAAAAAUUGGAACGCGGUUAUGAAAUACCACUCGUGUACGCGGCAUAUCCUUCAUUAUACGGUGUCUAAAAUAGGUAGACAGAGCAUGAAGGCCGAGACAGCAUAUCAAUGCAGAAUUAUGUCUCAUGGGCGUGCUCAUUACAGUAAUAGCAGUUUGACGAAGCUGCCUAAAAGGAAGGUAUUGAGCAACAGAGAAAGCCGUGACCAUGGGAUGAAAUAGGGCGCA